GUUCGACUUUGUGAUGGAGCGAUAAUUGUAGUUGAUGUUGUAGAAGGCGUGUGCCCACAAGUUCAGUUCGAUAAUAUAAUUUUCUUCCUUUCAGACACGCACAAUCGUUUAGUUACAGAACUGAAGCUUUCUCCUCUACAGGCUUAUGAUAGGCUUUUACAGACAGUCGAGCAAGUCAAUUCCAUCCUUGCUGAAAUGUUUGCAGCCGAGAUAUUGCAAAAGAAUUAUUAUAGGGCGCAGCACAAAAUUCGGCCUGAUGCAAAUAAAAAUACUCAAAUGUCUAAUAUUAGUUCUGUUAUACCUGAGGAUUUUAGUAGCAUAGAGAAGCCACUGUUGGUUUAUGACUGGGUGGCUUCUUCGGAAAAAACCGUUGACUCUGACUUAUAUUUCAACCCUAGUCGUGGCAAUGUCAUUUUUUCGUCAGCUAUAGACACUUGGGGAUUCCGGUUGGUUGACUUCGCUCGUAUAUGGGCUGAUCGUCUUGGAAUACAAUUAGAAGAAUUGAAGCUUGCUCUUUGGGGUGAUUGGUAUCUUACAUCUGAAAAGUCUGGAGUUACAUCAAAAGAUCUUUCUGGGGGAGAACAAAGUGGCUCGGAAGUACAUGUUAUCAAGAAUGGUGCACGCUCUAAAGGGAAAAAACCCAUUUUUGUCCAACUUGUUCUCGAGCAAUUAUGGUCAAGUUACGAGGUAAGAUACAAUGCUUUACUCCUACCCUGCCAUUGUUCACUCGUUUUUAUGUUAUUGUCUUGCUAG